AGAGAACAUGGUUAAGGGCGAAGAUUAGGGGGGAGCUAAGAAGACUGGUUCUAGCCGAAGUAUUGUUUUCAAACUCUAAGAUCAGAUUAACACUCCUAGAUGGAAAAUCUUUUUCGAAUUGGGAUUAGGCGGGUUUAUUUUUUAUACUGUCGAUAAUUAUCUGUUUGUUGCUAUGCCAAAAUUAUAGGAUGUCCGAUCCAAAUGCUAGAAAACUAGUUACGGAUCGAACUUGUGAAUCAUAUAUAGACCCAGCCCCACCUCUUUGCAUUAAUUUUGCUGAUAUAAAAGUAUUCGUCUCGUCCGCCGGAUUCUAAAAAAAAUCAACCACAUUUAUCACACUUCAAGGUUCCUUCCCCGACACAAUUCAAAGUUUUAUCUCAAUUCUAGUUCAAGGUUCCAUCUCUCACACAAUACCAUGGCUUCCAAUCCGAUUUUUACUGCGGCCGAUGAUGCCAUACUUACCGAGCGCAAACACUUGAAGCCGGCAACUGGAAGACGACGAUACGUUUCCUCUUCCGUUAUGAACUCAGAGAUAACUUCGUCAAGCUCUGGCUCCGAUGAUAGCUCCGAAACAAGCUUUUUCAUCAUUCCAAAUUUCCUCCAUAGCGAGGAAACUUUCGAGUAUCUGGGUUGGGGACCACAAAAAGCUGCGGAACUUUGGAGUCGAUGGGGAAGUAUACAAGAGUCUGCAAAUGAUAAGGACAAAGACACCGUUUUUGAGGUGGAGUUUCUCGACCUCGCUUUGGGCAGUAUACCUAAUGAUGUGGUAGAGGAUAGCGAAGAUGAUUGGGCGAUACAUAUGCAGGAUUGGGGAGUUGGAUCACAACUUAUAAAUGCAAUCAUGGAUCAUGAAUUUUCUGAUGUGAGGCAAACGGAAUCAGCAAGCUACUGGGUUAGAGAUACGAUGGAAAUUCGAUAUGCCACCUUGGAAAGAGUAAAAGAGGACAGUGAAGCAAGAGCAGAAGGUAUCACACCACCUUCUAUUGGUAUAGCAACCUCAAUAUCGCGACCGUCAAAUGUACCAGGCAAGCAAAUAUUGUUCAAAGCGAUUACUAAAAACCGCCUAUUAAGAAACGAAGGAGGAAAGAUUAGAAUGCCUGGCCUCGAGAGCAACUCACCUUCGGAUCUUCGAGGCGUCGGAGGAACUCUAUUCUAUUUUACACGGGAGUUCGAAGUUGCUAAGCGGUACAAAGGAUACAUCAUGAGGAGGGCUGAGGAUGCACCUGCCGUGAUUGUCUGUCUGACAUUACCCAAUGCAUUUAUCGAGGGCCUUCCUCCAUAUAUAUUGGAAUUCGGAGAUUUAUGGAAGAGGGUUUUACACGCAUCUCGAUCCAGAUACAUUUUAUCCGGAGAUCUGGGCUAUAUUCACCGUCUUCCCCUCGUCAUUACACCUAUCUCACAUUCCCAUAACCGCGCGAUUUCCCGACUUGAAAGCUGGCAGCAGAUUUCAAUUCACAAUGUUAUGCAUAUAGGAGAAAAUAUUGCUAUACAGUACGUUUUCCAAGGAUCAGGUACUAUGCUGGAAUUAGAAAGACUUGGGGAGUUAGAGGUGGUUUGAUUCUAGUUCGUUGACAGGCGAUUGGUAGUUUAGAUGAUCAUGUAUCGAGUCUUUGAUAUUCGAUGGUUAUGGAUGUUGUUCGCUGGUUUGGUGAGGUUUUCAAGGGUUAAAAUUCGAUGGUUAUAGAUGGAAUUAGAUGAUUUUUAAAUAUCUUCAAGAAUUCGGACCUGCCAUCCGGUGUCAUUCUAUUUGAGUGAAUAAGUCAUGAGAUUUCUGAACUGACCUAAUUCCUCGCUUAAAUCUUGUUUGAGCUCCAAUGGUGGAUUUCGGGUUCACAACCAAUACUAUUGUGUGAGUUUGUGAGAGAUAAGAAAUGGUACUCACUAUCUUCUGCCUGUACGCUCUCACGCUCUAAUAUCAUGUCACGCAUGAGUUUCUACAACUAUAGAUUGUCAA